CAGGGACUGAGGACCCUGCCAGUUGGAGCAGAGGGGCAGAGGUAGGGGGAGGAGCUGGCUGAAAAGGCAGUAAGGCCCCCCUGCGACGUGUCUAUUCAGCCUCUGACAGACCCAGUCCGGCUCGGCUCGGGAGGAGGUGAGCAGGUGACCAUGGCGCUCAGCCUCUCCGCCACAUCCAUUCCCAACAACUGGCUCCCAGGCUACCCCGAGGGUGCCUGUGGGGAGAGAGAGAACUCUGUACAGCACUCGUCGGACCAGGUGGCCAUGACCGGGAGGGCCCGCAAAGAGGCGGUGCAGGCCGCGGCCCGGGAACUCCUCAAGUUCGUGAACCGGAGCCCCUCUCCUUUCCACGCUGUGGCCGAGUGCCGCAGCCGCCUCCUCCAGGCUGGCUUCCAUGAACUCAAAGAGACGGAGAGCUGGGAUAUCAAGCCGGAGAGCAAGUACUUUCUGACCAGGAACUCCUCCACCAUCAUCGCUUUUGCUGUGGGAGGCCAGUAUGUUCCUGGCAAUGGUUUCAGCCUCAUUGGGGCCCACACGGACAGCCCCUGCCUCCGGCAGUGUCCUUCCUUAGCUCUUGCUUCAUCUGUCUCACCUCCAAAUCAUGCUACUCGACCUUCUCUACUGCUCACUCCCCAUCGUCACGCUCAGGUGAAACGGCGGUCCCGCCGCAGCCAGGUGGGCUUCCAGCAGGUUGGCGUGGAGACCUAUGGUGGUGGGAUCUGGAGCACCUGGUUCGACCGGGACCUGACCUUGGCUGGACGCGUCAUUGUCAAGUGCCCUACCUCAGGCCGGCUGGAACAGCGGCUGGUGCAUGUGGACCGGCCCAUUCUCCGCAUCCCCCACCUGGCCAUCCAUCUGCAGCGAAAUGUCAACGAGAACUUUGGGCCCAACAUGGAGAUGCACUUAGUUCCCAUUCUUGCCACAGCAGUCCAGGAGGAGCUGGAGAAGGGGACUCCUGAGCCUGGGCCUCUCAAUGCUGCAGAUGACCGCCACCACUCAGUUCUCAUGUCCCUUCUGUGUGCCCAUCUGGGACUGAGCCCUGAGGAUAUCUUGGAGAUGGAGCUGUGCCUUGCUGACACCCAGCCUGCGGUCCUGGGUGGUGCCUAUGAGGAGUUCAUCUUUGCCCCUCGGCUGGACAAUCUGCACAGCUGCUUCUGUGCCCUGCAGGCUUUGAUCGACUCCUGUGCGGCCCCUGCCUCUUUGUCCUCGGAGCCCCAUGUGCGCAUGAUCGCUCUCUAUGACAACGAAGAGGUGGGCUCCGAGAGCGCCCAGGGGGCACAGUCACUGCUGACAGAGCUGGUGCUGCGCCGCAUCUCGGCCUCCUCCCAGCACCUGACGGCCUUCGAGGAAGCCAUCCCCAAAUCCUACAUGAUCAGCGCAGACAUGGCCCACGCCGUGCACCCCAACUACCUGGACAAGCAUGAGGAGAACCACCGGCCCCUCUUCCACAAGGGCCCUGUGAUCAAGGUGAACAGCAAGCAGCGCUAUGCCUCGAAUGCGGUUUCCGAGGCCCUGAUCCGAGAGGUGGCCAAUAAUGUCGGGGUGCCCCUGCAGGAUCUCAUGGUGCGGAAUGACUCGCCCUGUGGGACCACCAUCGGACCUAUCUUGGCUUCUCGGCUGGGCCUGCGGGUUCUGGAUUUAGGCAGCCCCCAGCUGGCCAUGCACUCCAUCCGGGAGACCGCCUGCACCUCAGGAGUCCUCCAGACCAUCACCCUCUUCAAGGGCUUCUUUGAGCUGUUCCCUUCUCUGAGCCGUAACCUUUUAGUGGAUUGAGGCCUCUUGGAAAGACUUCUCUUACACUUGAGAAGUUGUCAGCUGAGCUGAAGCUGGAUUAUUAAAGUGGAUUUUUCACUCAGCCUCA